GUGUUUCCUCUGCAUGCGGCAGCGUGGGGGGGUGAGAGAGAGGAAGUGAUACAUUGUUACUGGGAUUAGAAUGCGGACACUCUCCCCCCAAUAUCUGAUCUCUGCCCCCGCAGUCUCUCAGUAGACAGCUCUGGAUGCCUUUUCUCUGAGACUGCCAGGAGGAGAGAGAGUGCUGGUGGGAUGUGGGAAGCAGGACAGGCUCCUCUUCUGGAUGGGGGCCCCCAGCUCCGCCGCUCCCCAGCCUUUGACGAGUGGCCCUCUCUUCCAAAGUCCGACUCUUCGAGACCCUCCACCGAGCAAUCUGGAGAGACCCCUGCGUAUGACCUCUCUCGUUUGCGCAGUUCGUCAGUGGAAAUCAGAGAGAAAGGUUCAGAAAUCCUGCGAGAGGAGCUGCUAAAGGCCCAGAAAGAACUGAAGCUGAGAGAUGAGGAGUGUGAGAGACUUUCUAAGGUCAGAGAGCAGCUGGAACAGGAGCUGGAAGAGCUGACAGCCAGCUUGUUUGAGGAGGCUCACAAGAUGGUGCGAGAAGCCAACACCAAGCAGGCUGCAUCAGAGAAGCAGUUGCAGGAAGCUUGUGGAAAGAUUGACAUGUUGCAGGCAGAAGUCACCGCUCUGAAGACUUUGGUCAUUACUUCCACCCCAUCCUCUCCAAACCGUGACCUGCACCCUCAGCUCCAGAGCCCAUCCAAGAAUGCACUACGCAAAGGCCAUUCACGGAACAAGAGCACAGGCUGUGCUGCUGUUACACCAGCAGCUGUGCCAACUCAGCCAAUAUGCACAGAGGCCAAAGAGUUCUCUGCAGUACCUUCUCUCCUCUCACUGCUUCUUUGUAUUGUCCCGGGGAAGGUUGUCCAUAUAACCUACGAGCCAGGAUGGCCUCCCUCUGAUGACUCCUCUUCCUUCUCCCGCCAGGUGGACACACUGUUAUUCUCUGAGUUUCUGGCCUGGAAGGAUAGCCCGACGCUAGACAAAUCCUGUGCUUUUCUCUCCAGAAUUUAUCGCGAAGACAUUGCCCCAUGUUUACAUUUUGCUAAAAGAGAGCUUUCAGAACAGGUCCUGACGGCAGUGGAAGAUAACACUCUUUCUGUGGAGCCAGUUGUGCAGCCGGUACUGCCUGUAGUGAAAGCGUCGGCUUUGGCACGUGGAGGGCCAAGCGGGUGUCGGGUGGAGGUUGUAACGAAGUGCGCUCUCAGUGGUCUGUCUCGUUCAUGCAGACAUCGCAUUAAGCUGGGGGAUUCUACGAACUAUUACUUCAUAUCGCCAUCCUGCCGGUACAGGAUCACAGCAGUGUGCAAUUUCUUUACUUACAUUCGUUACAUACAGCAAGGCCUAGUGCGCCAGGACACGGAGCUAAUAUUCUGGGAGAUCAUGAGGCUUCGUCGGGAGAUGUCUGUAGCAAAACUUGGCUUUUAUGUCAAUGAAUCCUAGCAGUAUGGAUACCUCCAUCUCAGAGAAAUAGCACAGGCUGCACAAAAAGAGAAACUAAAGAGGUCAAGGCAAUUGCGAUAGCACAAGAUAUUUGAUGACCAUUUGUGAAAACACUACAGGGCCAGGAGAGUUCGUGUUUAUAUGCCCAUGUGUGUGCAAAAUGUAUGUGUACAUUGUGAAUACACACAUUCACUGUACAAAAAUAGUAUUUCUGGAGAU